AUGUCGGAAAAGCAGGCACACCAAGCCACAGAAGGCCAUAUUUCUGGCCAGGCAAACGAACCCAUGACGGCGCCGGCGCACGCUCUGUCUGCCGCACAGGUUGUGGAAGAACUCCAGACAGACUCAGCCGCCGGCUUGACUGUCGAGGAGGCUUCUCUGCGUCUUUCAAAGUAUGGCGUCAACGACUUUGAGAAGGAAAAGGGUGUUCGUCCACUCCAAAUAUUUAUCGCCCAGAUUGUCAACUCCAUGGUCAUGGUUCUUCUUCUCGCUCUCGCAGCCAGUUUUGCUAUUCAAGCUUGGAUCGAAGGUGGUGUACUUGCCGCCCUGAUUCUCAUCAACGUCGUCAUUGGCUUCUUUCAGGACUUGCAGGCCGCCAGAACUAUCGCAUCACUGCAAUCCCUCAACUCGCCGACAGCCAAUGUCAUCCGGGGCGGAGCAAGCACCACGGUGGAGAAGGCGACUCUCGUUCCCGGCGAUAUCAUUGAACUGAAGACGGGCGACAUGGUCCCCGCUGACGUUCGCCUUCUUGAUACCGUCAACCUCGAAGCCGACGAGGCACUCCUCACUGGCGAAUCCGUCCCCGCGCGCAAAGAUCCCAAGGCCACCUUCGACGGCGAAGACACCGGACCCGGCGAUCGCCUGAACGUCGCCUUUAGCUCAACUACCAUUACCAAAGGCCGCGGACGCGCUGUCGUGUUCGCUACCGGCAUGUCAACCGAAAUUGGAGCCAUUGCCGCUGCUCUCCACGACCAGGGCGGCGACAAGCGCAAGCCCAAGAAAGACGCCGAUGGUAACGUUAGCCUUGCCGCUCAUUCCAUGUACGCCCUUGGUUGCCUCUGGGACUGGUGCGGCGCUUUCCUCGGCUUGACUGUCGGCACACCCCUGCAGCGCAAGCUUUCCCGCCUGUUUCUGUACAUUUUCAUGUUCGCUAUCGUUUGCGCUCUCAUCGUUCUCGGUGCCAACGGCAUGAAGGGGCGAAGCGAUGUCAUUAUCUAUGCUGUCGCGACGGCCAUUGGCACACUCCCCGUCACACUCAUCCUCGUCCUUACCAUCACCAUGGCCGCGGGAACCAAGGUCAUGGUGGAGCGGAACGUUCUCGUGCGCAACAUGCGCUCCCUGGAAGCUCUAGGUGGCGUCACCAAUAUUUGUUCCGAUAAGACUGGCACCUUGACGCAGGGCAAGAUGGUCGUCAGAAUGGCGUGGCUUCCCAGCCUCGGCACUUACUCUGUGGGCAUGAGCAACGAACCGUACAACCCCGAGGUCGGCGGCGUAAGCUUCACAGUCGCUGAGCCCAAGGACAUUCCCGCCGAAGAUACUGAGAGCGCAAAAGUCAUGCCCCUCGAUGAGGCCGCUGCCCACUCAGCCCUUCGCCACUACCUCGAUGUCGCCUCGCUUGCCAACCUUGCUACCGUCCAAAAGGUCGAUUCCGAAGAUGCACCCGGCACGCAAGUGUGGAAAGCAUCUGGUGACCCCACAGAGAUUGCGAUACAAGUCCUUGCCACGCGUUUCGGACGCACAAGCCCGCUGUUGGCCAGCUCCUCGGAGUGGAAGCAGCUUGCUGAGUUCCCUUUUGAUUCUGCCAUCAAGAAAAUGUCUGUUCUCUUCCAAAAUGAGGUCACUGGGGUGGUCCACGCCUUCACCAAGGGCGCUGUCGAGCGCGUCAUCGACAGCUGUACUUCCUUCUCUGCUACGAGCGAUGGCACAACUCCCAUGACGGAUGCCAUCAAAGCUGACAUCCUGGCCAACAUGGAGGCGCUUGCACGCCGCGGCCUGCGUGUCCUUGCACUGGCCAGCAAGUCCCCGGUCCGCGCUGUCACCGAAAAGGAGGCUUCGUCCGGCAAUCUGAAGCGUGACGAGUUUGAAGACGACCUUAUUUUCCGUGGUCUCGUCGGAAUCUACGACCCCCCUCGUCCGGAAUCCCGGCCCAGCGUCUUCAAGUGCCACCAGGCCGGUAUUGGCGUCCACAUGCUGACUGGCGACCACCCUGAGACUGCACGUGCCAUCGCCGGUGAAGUCGGCAUCCUUCCGUCGCGGAUGGAUCUUUUGCGGAGGGAUAUUGCCGAGGGCAUGGUUAUGACAGCACACGACUUUGACCAGUUGACGGACGAACAAGUCGAUCAACUGCCCGAGCUGCCUCUCGUCGUCGCGCGAUGCGCGCCGUCUACCAAGGUCAGGAUGAUCGAUGCUCUUCAUCGCCGCGGCCGCUACGUUGCCAUGACAGGCGACGGUGUCAAUGACAGCCCUAGCCUGCACCGUGCAGAUGUGGGCAUCGCCAUGGGAGAAGGUGGCUCCGACGUCGCCAAGUCUGCCUCCGACAUUGUUCUCAGCGACGACAACUUUGCAAGCAUCCUAAACGCCGUAGAAGAGGGACGCCGGAUCUUCGAUAACGUCCAGAAGUUCAUGUUGCACGUUCUGGCCGCCAACGUCGGCUUUGUCACGACCCUGCUCAUCGGUCUCGCCUACAAGGAUCAGGACGGUGUCUCCAUCUUCCAGCUGACGCCUGUUGAGAUCCUGUUCAUGCUCCUCGUCGCUGGUGCCUUUACUGAGACUGGCCUGGGCUUCGAGUCGGCCUCUCCCGACAUUCUCAACCGCCCGCCGCAGAGUCUCAAAUACGGUGUCUUCACGCCCGAGUUCCUCGCUGACAUUGCUGCUUAUGGCGUGCUCAUGGCCAUCUGCAUCCUCAGCUCCUUUGUCAUUGUCAUCUUUGGCUUCUACGGCGGCAACCUCGGACGCGACUGCAACCUCGAGUGGUCCGAGCAGUGCAAUGACGUCUUCCGUGCCCGCUCGACCUGCUACACGGCCAUGAUGUGGAUAUUCCUCUUCUUCGCCUGGGAGCUCGUCGACUCACGCCGCUCCUUCUUCGACGGAAUGGUCAGCGACACGCGCCGCUGGGCGCAGCGCCUAUGGCGCAACAAGUUCCUCUUUUGGUCCGUCAUUCUCGGCACCAUCAGCGUCUUCCCGACGCUGUACAUCCCCGUCAUCGACCACGUCGUCUUUUUGCACGACGGCAUCGACAAGGAGUGGGGCAUCGCCAUCGCCAUGACGGCCCUGUUCUUCGCGGGCGCCGAGGGGUGGAAGUGGGCCAAGAGGGUGUACCUCCGCAGGCACAACCUCAUGGUCCGCAAGGACGCGGGGGCCACGGAGGAGGAUCUCGAGGCGAGGGUGUUUGAGAGGUUCUACCAGGGCAACAGCGACGGGAGCUUCAGCGAGAAGUAG